AGCGAAAUGAUGUAUUCAUUUUGUUUUAUGAGACGAUACAUUUUCUUCUUUCAAGUUAUAUUUUGUGAUCCAGUAAUCAGAAACAAGCUGGGACUUCCAAAACGGAUUCCUUUAACAGCUGCACUAGCUAGUUUGAGGAUAAGAAUCAUCCACAGAAAACGCACGAUCGCUUUCUUCCAGUUCAUCAUGGGCAUGCAAAUGCUAAGACAUGAAGAGCAUGAUGAAAAGGAAGACCUGCUUGUAGGUACACAGGACGGUGGAGCAAGACCGUGAUGUCAUACGAUGACAACUUCUUUGCCCUAGAGUUGAUAUAUUACUACGAUACGAAGUCGUUCAAGAAUGGUAAUUGUUUUACGUGCGUUGUCGUUCAGAAUAACGAAGCCUUGUUUCGAGCGAAACAAUUUGAUUGGCCUAUCAAAAACGAAAAUCGGCUAAUUGCCCCAGGAGGCUAUAUAUUUCAAAUUGUAGAUAGACCGAUACCGAAAGAUAAA